AUGGCGGACGAAAAGAAAGAGCAGGCUAAGCGCGUUGUGGCCGAGAAUGGCAUUGUCAAUCUCUCAGGUGCGAUGAUCGCGGGUUUUGCGCCUGUGUACCUUGCUGCUAUACCUGUCACCUCAUUCCUCACGAAACCUGACAGCGUGAUUCAAUCACUAGUUCAUGCUCUCAUCAAGUUGAUUCCUGGGGUUACUACAACAGCGAUAACAUCCGGUCGCGCAAUCCCCGCACUUUCAGCCCUAUAUCUAUUCUGGACAUUUGGCGCCUCGGGCGCUAUUUCCGCCGCAGGGCAAGCCAUGGGACGAGAAGAAGGCCUGGACAUGGAGCAUUCGAGGAAACAUGUCCACAAGCUGGAUGGGUUACCGUUGAGGAUGAGGAGUGCGCAUUAUGCGCUUAUGGAGAACUUUCCAGUCCUGAGCUUCCAACGGUUUCUCUUUGUCAUUACCUUCGCCAUUGGCAUGAUAUUUGCGGCUCCCAGUCUGCACAUCGGCAUGGUGAACAACGACGAUGUCCGCGAUGUCGGCGCAGUUUACUCCCAGCCGGGCUACGCCUCGAAGGCCACAUUCCUCCUCAUGAACAAGAAGACUUCCACGUGUAAUCCGCUUCUAUCACGAUCUGCGUCGAACCCAUCGAAUGCGACUUCUGGAAAGUGUGUCAUAUACACUGGAUUAUACUUCAAGAACUAG